AACUCUAGAAAGUCCGAACACAGACGUGCAAGAAUUCAACGGAGCGGUGCUUGGCAGCAGAGCAGUAAGUAAAUGUUGCAUGCGUCGUUGCCUAAGCCUACAUGUAUAAACCAAACUCUAAUCACCGUUCUUGAUCAAUGCAAAUCAAUGCACGAGCUUAAGAAAAUUUAUGCUCUCAUAACCACUCUUGGCCUCUCCCAAGAUGACCCUUUGGUAUCAAAAAUUCUUUCUCUCUCUGCACUAUCUGAUUGGGGUGACAUCAAUUACUCUCACAGGCUAUUUUCACAACUUCACAAUCCAAAAACCUUCUAUUGGAACACAAUCAUAAGAGGCUACUCGAACAGCAAAAACCCCAAUCCUUCUGUAUCAGUUUUUAUUAAAAUGUUGCGAGUUGGGGUCUCCCCGGAUUAUUUGACGUACCCUUUUCUUGUAAAGGCUUCCGCACGCCUUUUGAAGCUGGAACUCGGUGCGGCAGUUCAUACCCAUGUCCUGAAAACUGGGUUUGAGUCUGAUAGGUUUAUUCAAAACUCUUUGAUUCAUAUGUAUGCUUCUUGCAGGGAUAUCAGAUAUGCACGCACAAUAUUCGAUGGAAUGCUUACAAGAAACUUGGUUUCAUGGAAUGCAAUGUUGGAUGGGUAUGCCAAAUGUGGGGAUGUGAUAUCUGCGCGGGGAGUGUUUGAAUUGAUGCCAGAGAGGGAUGUUGUGUCGUGGAGCUCUUUGAUUGAUGGUUAUGUUAAGAGUGGGGAGUACCAGGAGGCUAUGGUUGUGUUUGAAAAUAUGCGUGCUGCUGCUUCGGGAACCAAGGCCAAUGAGGUGACUAUGGUGAGUGUUUUGUGUGCUUGUGCUCACUUAGGUGCACUUGAGCAGGGGAGAAUGAUGCAUCAGUAUGUUAUCGAUAAUGGGUUGCCUUUAACUUUAGUCUUGCGAACAUCUCUUGUGGACAUGUAUGCCAAAUGUGGGGCGAUACCAGAGGCUUUGAAUGUGUUUCAUGGGGUUCCAAUGAGUCGUACUGAUGUUUUGAUCUGGAAUACAGUAAUUGGAGGUCUUGCAACACAUGGAUUGGUCAAAGAGUCACUUGAAUUGUUCACCGAAAUGCAAAUUGUUGGGAUCACCCCGGAUGAGAUCACAUACCUGUGCUUGCUAACUGCUUGUGCUCAUGGAGGAUUAGUAAAGAAAGCUUGGGAUUUCUUUGAUUGUCUUGGUAAACAUGGCAUGACACCUAAGAGUGAGCACUAUGCUUGCUUGGUAGAUGUGCUGGCUCGUGCUGGUCAAGUAGCAGAUGCAUAUCAAUUUAUAAGUCAAAUGCCCGUGGAGCCAACAGCUUCAAUGUUAGGUGCUCUACUAAGUGGGUGUAUGAACCAUGGAAAAUUAGAUCUUGCUGAAAUAGUUGGAAGGAAGCUUAUAGAGCUGGAGCCAGAUCAUGAUGGUCGAUAUGUUGGCUUGUCAAAUAUUUAUGCAGCUGAGAAGCGCUGGGAUGAUGCAAGAACCAUGAGAGAUGCCAUGUUGAGGAGAGGGGUGAAGAAAUCUCCAGGUUUUAGUUUUGUGGAGAUAUUUGGAAACCCUCAUAGGUUCAUAGCUCAUGAUAAAAUACAUCCUGAUUCUGAAAAAAUUUAUGUGAUGCUGAAGUUUAUUAUAAGCCAAAUUCAACAUGAUACCAAUUAUGAAAAUCUAGAAAAUUGUAUGUAUGAUAUGAAAGAUGUCUGA